AUGGUCUCCAACAAAUUGAUUGUUGCUGCUUUCGCAGCCUUGGCUUCGAUGGCCAAUGCAAGCCCCUGCAAGCCGUCGUUUACAAAGGCCGUCACUACCUCUGCCACCGAAACUGCUGGAUCUUCCACUUAUGUCGAGACCAGCACUGCGAUUACUGAGAGCGAGACUGUAACUCAGAGUGAGACAGCGACCACGGCCACUGAUGCUACCACGGAGGCUCUCACCACUGAACCAUCAACGACUGUUGCCGAGAGUGCUACCACAACCACGGCAGUCGACGAGCCUCUCCUCACCAACGCUGGCUUCGAAGAUGGUACAACUGCCCCGUGGCAGUUGCAGACGGAACGUGGAGAUGCCUUGACUCUUGGCAGCGGCUACCAGAGCCCAGCCUCUGGUAAAAUCCAGUUUGGCAACGUCCAAGGCAGCCAGUACGGUAAUCUUAUUAUCCAAAAGAUCAAUAAGAAAGCACUCAAGGCGGGCUUAUAUGAACUCCAAGGCUAUACCCGCGUUGAUAGCUAUAGCCAGAGCGGCGACGGCUGUAGUCGCAUCAUCGCUGCUUGCCUCACGGGAUCUGGAGAUAGCUCGGUCAUCAUACCAGGUUCGCUGUUGCGUGCAAGCGCUGAGGAUUCCGCCAGUGACUGGUCCCAGUUAGAAACGACGUGUAACUUCACCGAUGAGAUGCUGGCUGCAGAUGACGACAUCAGCGUCGUGUUUGGGUUCGCCUGUGCUAAUUCGGGUGCCUACCUCGACUCUGUCGAGCUCACGCCAGGCGCUGUAAUCCCCAACACCGACACUACCACGGUUGCCACCAGCAGUGAGACUAGUAUGGUGAUUACUACCACUCAAGCGACCACAGAGGCCACCUCUAUCGAGAGCUCAACAAUCGCUACCGAGACUGCUACCACGACCACCGUAGCCGAUGCAGACCCGACACCUGUUCUCAUCAACAGCAGCUUCGAUCUCGAUACUACUGAGCCAUGGCUAUCGACUCGCUCCGAGACCGUUUACCGCGACACCAACAAUCCCUUGGAAGGCCCCGCCUCUGGACGACUCGAAUUUGGAAUCGAUGGUGGUCAGGCAUACUACAACUACUUCUACCAAAAGAUCGACACGAAGGACCUCAAGGCAGCCUCUUACCGUCUCUCCGGCUCCAUCCGCGUCGACUACUACACUAAUAGCGUAAGUGGCGACGGAUGCAAUGCCCUCGCGCUUGGUUGUACACUUGGAGACCCAAACAACUACGAUCGUGUUCCGGGCUCAACCGUAAUGGGCAGUCCUAGCGGCGCUGUGAACAACUGGGUUCCACUUGAUACAACUUGCACGUUUACGGAGGACAUGCUGUCUGAGCAUGACUAUGUUAGCAUUACUUUUGGAUUCAGCUGUGCCGAGGUCGGAGCCAACCUCGACGCUGUGACAUUCCAAGAAGUUGUUUAG